AUGGACGGGUUGUGCCAGAAUCCCAGCUUUGCCCAGGCCGGAUACCAGGAAGAAAGGGCUACGAUGCCACGUGUGAUGUUAUUCAGGCUAAAUCGGUAA